AUGAGCGAAUCCAAGGUUUGGGUUGACGCACCAUUCAAGCUCAUUCCCAGCGCCAAGGCCGGUGCAGAGGUUGGGAAAGAGGUUGAGGGUGCGAAGAACUUGGCCUCCGAGAUGACAAUCGUCCACAAUGCAAUCCUCCGCGGUAUCAAUGCAGUCUACAACCAAGCCCGUAACGUGUCAGCCAAGGGAACCGCCAAGGACAAGCUUGACUUUGCCAACUUUGCGUACGGAUGGGCGAUGAUGCUACAGGAGCACCAUGACGUCGAGGAAGAGAAGGUAUUCCCGCGCAUCAACGAGGUGACGGGCGUGCCAGGGUUGAUGGAUGCCAACGUGGACGAACACAAGGCGUUCCACGACGGGUUUGAGGUAUACAUCGAGUAUCUGGACAAGGUGCGGGCCAAAAAGGAAGAGUUCGACGGCGAGAGGCUCGUCUCGAUCAUCGACUCGUUCGCGCCGGUUUUACGAGAUCACCUGGAGCAUGAGAUUGACUCGCUCUUGGCGUUGGACAAGUACAGCGACAAGUGCGACUGGGGGAAGUGGUUCAAGCAGAUUGUGGAUGAAAUCGUCACCACCGCGAUGAAGAGAUCAGAAUACCGUACCGACAUAUUCCCGCUGGCUGUCAUCUUGCACGACAAGACAUUCGACGGAGGGGUGUGGCAGAAAUUUCCGCCGAUCCCGUGGCUGUUCGCGGUGUUGCUACGAUGGAUGUUCAUGUAUAAGCGCAAAGAUUGGUGGAGAUUCUCAGGGUGCGACUUCACCUCACAUCCUCAAGAGCUUCCUUUUGCGUAA